AAAAAAUGCGACGUGAAUUCAUGUGGCAGUAACUCAGAGUGCAUUAAUCUUCCUGGAGGCUACAAGUGUGAGUGUAACACUGGAUACAAUUCUUCGAGCGGUAAUGGAACCUUGUGCAGCGACAUCAAUGAAUGUGAUAGUCUGGUAUGCGGACAAAACUCUCGAUGUCAGAACAGCCCUGGGAGCUUCAGCUGUGAAUGUAUAAGAGGCUAUUUCUUACCGAACGAACACUCAAGUUGUGUUGAUAUUAACGAAUGCGAACGCGAACAGACUGUCUGUGGAGACAACUCAUUGUGCGCAAACAGCAUUGGAAACUACAGUUGUGAAUGCAUGACAGGUUACAUGUCGCCAAGCGGUUCCAAUUGUGUUGAUAUCGACGAAUGCGAAAAUAUUGUUUGCGGAGAGAACUCACAAUGCCAAGCUAGCAAUGGGAACUACAGCUGUGAAUGUCUUUUUGGCUAUACAUCUCUAAAUGGAUCCAAUUGUGUUGAUAUCGAUGACUGCGAGGAAGCAGUUUGCGGAAACCAUUCUAUGUGUAAUAACAGUAUGGGAAGUUUCUUGUGUCAGUGCAAUGCCGGCUUUACAUCACCAAAUGGUUCCCAUUGUGUUGAUAUCGAUGAAUGCGAGGAAACAGUUUGCGGAAACCAUUCUAUGUGUAAUAACAGUAUGGGCAGUUUCGUCUGUCAGUGCAAUGCCGGCUAUACAUCACCAAAUGGUUCCCAUUGUGUUGAUAUCGAUGAAUGCGAGGAAGCAGUUUGCGGAGACCAUUCUAUGUGUAAUAACAGUAUGGGAAGUUUCUUGUGUCAGUGCAAUGCCGGCUUUACAUCACCAAAUGGUUCCCAUUGUGUUGAUAUCGAUGAAUGCCAGGAAUCAGUUUGUGGAAAUCAUUCUAUGUGUAAUAACAGUAUGGGUAGUUUCGUCUGUCAGUGCAAUGCCGGCUAUACAUCACCAAAUGGUUCCCAUUGUAUUGAUAUCGACGAAUGCUCUGAAGUUGCUCCUUGUGGCUCAAACUCAGAUUGCUCAAAUUUUGAAGGCAGCUAUAGCUGCAAUUGUUUCUCUGACUUUUUCUCUCCCUCUGGCUCUCACAAUGACUGUAAAGCUUUGUUCGAAUGGGAUCAAUCGCCAACGAAUGGUUCAAUAAUGACUGUACAGAAUGACACCGAUCUGAUGAAAAUCUUGAGCAAACCCUGCAUAGCAUUAAAUGGAUCAGAAGUGAGUAGCUCAAACUGCCGAAAUGAAUCAACGAUGAUUCUGAAGCACUACAAGCUGAUUAGCACUAAAAUGACUUGGCCAAACGCAAAAGAUAAUUGCGAGAACAUUGGUGGCAGGUUGUACGACAACUUCAACGAGAUUGGACAAUUGGUAGCUGAUUUUUCCCUUUCGACAAACAAUUGGGAGUUUUGGAUCGGCGUCUCGUCUUCCGCGAAAAGUGAUACCUGGAUCACGACACUAGGUAUUGACGUGACUGAUAACGCGCGACAGCUUUUCAACGAUCCAGAUUCUUGGCGCCAAGUGGAUAGAUGUAUAAAAUAUGACGCAGAAAACCAGAUAUGGAGUAUUAGCCGACCUCAGCCUAACGAAUACUCAGAGUCGGUGUGUACCUUAUUCGAUGGACUUGGCAGCUGAAAUAAAGAUGAAGAACAGAUUAGCUCGAGUUGGAGCGAAUAGCUACUUUCAAAAGAUUACAACUUACAUCUUUCACUUUGAUCCAACUACUGAUGACUACACAUUUUUGACUAC